AUGACCCUCCUCAGCAUCCUGAGAGUCCUUCUUUGGGGACUGGUGAUUUUUAUGGAGCACAGAGUUCAAGCAGCCAAGGUGGGGCAGUCUUCUAUUGCCCUCCUGGCUGAGGCCCCUACCUUGCCUCUGAUUCGGGAGCUGCUAGAAGAAGCCCCUGGCAAGCAGCAGAGGAAGCCACAGCUCCAAGGGCAUCCCCUGCGAUACAUGCUGGAGUUGUACCAGCGUUCAGCUGACCCUCACGGGCACCCGAGGGAGAACCGCACCAUCGGGGCCACCAUGGUGAGGCUGGUAAGGCCCUUGGCUAAUGUGGCAAGGCCACUCCGAGGUCCCUGGCAUAUAAAGACCCUGGACUUUCCUCUGAGACCAAACCGGGUAGCGUACCAACUAGUAAAAGCCACGGUGGUUUACCGCCAUCAACUCUACCUUGCUCACUUCCGUCUCUCCUGCCACGUGGAGCCCUGGGUCCAGAAAAGUCCAACCAGCAGCCUUCCUCCAGGAAGAGGCUCUGCAAAACCUUCCCUGAUGUCUAAAGCUUGGAUGGAGAUGGAUAUCACACAACACAUGCAGCAAAGGCUCUGGAACCACAAGGGGCGCAGAGUGCUACGACUGCGCUUCAUGUGUCAGCAGCAAAAAGGGAGUGACGGUCUAGAGUUCCAGUGGCCCAGCACGUCAUCCUUGGACAUUGCCUUCCUGUUACUCUAUUUCAAUGACACUCACAGAAGCAUUCAGAAGGCCAAAGCUCCCCCCAGAGGCCUGGAGGAGUUUAUGGAAAGGGACUCUCCUCUUCUGCGGAGGACCCGGCAAGCAGGCAGUAUCGCAUCUGAGUUUCCUGGCUCCUCUCGGGUACAUGAUGGGACUGAAAACAACCAGUGUUCUCUCCACCCCUUCCAAGUGAGCUUCCGCCAGCUGGGCUGGGAUCACUGGAUCAUUGCGCCUCAUCUCUACACCCCAAACUACUGUAAGGGGGUCUGUCCUCGGGUGCUGCACUAUGGUCUCCGUUCCCCUAAUCAUGCCAUCAUUCAGAACCUUGUUAAUGAGCUGGUGGACCAGAGUGUUCCUCAACCCUCCUGUGUCCCUUAUAAGUAUGCUCCCAUUAGCAUCCUGCUCAUUGAGGCCAAUGGGAGUAUUUUGUACAAGGAGUAUGAGGAUAUGAUUGCCCAGUCCUGCACAUGUCGGUGA